AUGCCCAUGUCUCAACCAACCAGCGAGUUCAUCUUCUUCAGAUUGAAGCCUUCCGUACGGCCUGAAGACCCGACCAACGAGGAAGGCGAACGCUUGUUGUCUAUAUUCCGCAACACCCAACACGAAAGCGGGCAUCAGAGCUCUGCAUGGGGCCGUUCAGCAGAGGAUAACAAUACAGUAGUAUGGGCAAUUAACUGGACCGACGCUCGAGCCUCCGCAAGCAUCGAACAUCUCACUCCAUAUCUUGACCCAGAUGCUCCACCUCCAAAAGCAAUCUACGCAACCCUCAGUCCACCCCUCUGCAGCGCCGACGCACUAAUCGACAACCCAGUAACAGAGCUAUGCACAUUAUCAUUUGCAGACUCGCUCUCUGUUCCAGAGAAAAGACAGCUUAAUGGUAACUUAAUCGACUUUCGGACAGCCUUGGUUAAACAGCUCCCGGAGGGGUCGAGGCCAAUAUCAUGGUCGAUGGGGCAUGUGGACCGGCCGGGUUCAGUGCAACAUGCGAAGAGUCCGAGUGGACAAGCGGUGCUUUACCUGCUAGUUGUUGGAUGGGAAUCUAUUGACGUGCAUAAUAAAUCGAGAGAGACAGAGCAGUUUGUUUCCAGCAUCUCGCCCAUUCGUGAGAAGUCGUUGGGGGCUAUUCCUGGGCUGGAGUUGAAACAUGUCAGUUUUCAAAAGACUUAG